AGAUAGAGAGAGAGGGAGACAUGUUGGACUACGAAUGGGGGAACCCAUCCAUAAUGCUCACCGGGAACGAAGACGGCGCAGCGCCACCGCCCUCCGACCAAACUCACCGCCAAAUCUUCGACCACUACGCCUCUCACGCCCUACUGCCCGACCACUUCCUGCAUGGGCCCGGCGCAACAACCGCAGCUAGCAAUAACGCACACAACCCCACCACCACCAUCGACCUCUCUCAUCAUCACUUCAGCCCGCAACAAACCCACCACCACGUCCCCCACAGCUUCUUCGACCCACGGGCCUUCCAUGCGGCCUCCUCCACCCACUACCCACCGCCACAUCCCCAACCCCCGCCUCCCCCAUCCAUGCUUUCCCUUGACCCGUUACCCCACCACGCCCACUGCGGGCCCGGCCAUGGGCUCAUGCUGGUGCCGAAAUCUGAGGAUGUCGGUCGGCCCAUGGACUUCGUGGGCUCUCGAAUUGGGCUGAACCUGGGAGGGCGCACCUACUUCUCGUCCUCGGAGGAUGACUUCGUCAGCAGGCUGUACCGCAGGUCUCGGCCCGCCGAACCGGGGUCGACGGCGUCCUCUAACUCCCCUCGGUGCCAGGCGGAGGGGUGCAAUGCUGAUCUGUCUCAGGCGAAGCACUACCACCGCCGCCACAAAGUGUGCGAGUUCCACUCUAAGGCCUCCACCGUCAUCGCCGCCGGGUUGACUCAGCGAUUCUGCCAACAAUGCAGCAGGUUCCAUCUUCUCUCUGAGUUCGAUAACGGAAAACGUAGCUGCAGGAAGAGACUGGCAGAUCAUAAUCGUCGCAGAAGAAAAACUCAGCAGCCACCAGCACAAGACAUCCACAAAUCUCAGCCUGCUACUAAUUUGGAUAACGUUGCAAGGUCCCCACCGGAGUCCGGAGCUCAGUCAUCUUCGUCCGUAACGGUGGCCGUGUCGCCACCUGAUUACUUCCGGCAAAGGCCGUACCAAACCGGAAGCCCAUCAACGACUUCAAGUUCACUGUUUUUCUCAAGCGGGCAGUAGUUUAUGCCAAGUGUAUGUGCAAUGCAGAAUGUUGUUAUUAUUAAUUAGGAGGAGUCAGUUUGAAUUUGCAUGGCUAAACUAAUGGAUCGGAGGAUUUGAGCGUAGCAUCAACAAUAAUAUUGCACUUAUAUAAUUAAUUUGUGACUUUGUAACCUUUCUUUUCUUCCUCUUCCAACAUCCAAAUUUCAUUUCAAAGCUUUAAUCA